AUGGAGGAAAUUCGUGCUCGACUACAUUUUGAUGGCUGUUUCACUGUGGACUGUGCCGGGAGGAGCGGCGGUCUUUGUAUGCUGUGGAAGUUUUCCACGACUUGUAAGUUACUUAGUUUUUCUACUCACCACAUUGAUAUGGAAAUUAUGGACAGUAAGGGCAGAUGGCGUCUAACUGGUUUCUACGGCUUUCCGGAGAGAAGCAGAAGACGCGAGUCUUGGAACAUCUUGCGGCGCCUUGCUGGCGUAAGCUCUUUGCCUUGGGCCAUCUUAGGAGAUUUUAACGAUCUCCUUGAUCCGAGGGACAAACGGGGCCGAGUCGAGCAUCCCCCUUGGCUUUUCUCUGGUUUUCGAGCGGCCAUACUCGACUGCGGUUUGGAUGAUAUCCCUCUUCUUGGUUACCAGUUUACUUGGGCUCGAGGUCUUGGCACCGCGCAUGCGGUUGAAGAGAGGCUUGAUCGUUGCAUGGCAACUGCUAGUUGGCGUGGUCUUUUUCCUGAUGCUGCUCUCAGCACUUAUGUUGUUCCCAUGUCAGACCAUACUCCAAUUAUUCUCAAUAUGGAAGGUUUUCCGACUACUACUUCGAGGAGGAAGUUCCGGUUUGAAAACAAAUGGUGUCUUGAACCGGAUCUUCCAGGUGUUGUCAAAAAUUGUUGGACAAAUCUUCAUGGUAUCACCAUUGUGGAGAAGCUCUUGGCUGUUUCGGACUCUAUUGCUACUUGGGCGCAGAAUUUACACCGCGAUGAACGAGGCAAAAAGAAGAAACUUCAGCAUAUUAUUUCUUCUCUUCAAGGUAGAGGUGAUCCUUAUGCUAUUAACAGUAUCAAUGGUGCUAGGACUGAGCUUGCUUCUCUUCUGUUGAGAGAAGAAGCACAUUGGCAGCAGAGGGCUAAACAACAUUGGUUGAAAGGCGGCGACACCAACACCAAAUUCUUCCACGCUAUGGCUUCGGCUAGACGGAAGAAAAAUACCAUUAUACGACUGCUAAGAGAUGACGGAGAUUGGACAGCGAGCAAUGAGGAGAUUCAGGAUGUUGCCCUCAACUAUUUUUCGAAUCUUUUUGACGAGCCAAGUCAACAGAUGGACUACCACCGCAUUCUUGACAAACUUAAUCCUUGCAUCAAUGAAGAUAUGAACGGGAACCUUACAAGAGAGUUCAGCUUGGAAGAAUUCAGCACUGCGGUUUCUCAAAUGCACCCGGACAAGUCGCCGGGCCCCGAUGGUUUGAAUCCUAGAUUCUAUCAAAAGUUUUGGAGUGUGAUUGGUGAAGAUGUUUAUAAGGGCUGUUUGUCGUGGCUUAACGAGGGACAUUUUCCACCUGGCCUCAAUCACACGCUUAUCUCUCUCAUUCCUAAGGUUGAUUCCCCUUCAUCCAUGAAGGAGCUUCGUCCCAUUGCGCUCUGCAAUGUUAUUUAUAAGAUUGUUUCCAAAGUUCUUUGUAACCGGCUCAAGGGAGUACUUCCUGAUCUUAUUGACCGUGCGCAGUCAGCCUUUGUGGAGGGGCGCUUAAUCCAAGAUAAUAUUCUUAUUGCCUUUGAAGCCAUCCAUUCGAUGAAAAGGAAGACCAGAGGCAAGUUUGGCUCCUUUGCCUUCAAGAUUGAUAUUAGCAAAGCCUACGAUCGAGUCGACUGGGGUUAUCUUGAUGCAGUGUUAAGGCGUCUAGGCUUUUGUGACAAGUGGCGUGACUGGAUGCAGAUGUGUGUUCGGUCGGUCUCCUACGACAUUCUUAUUAAUGGAAAAGAAGUGGGCCCGAUUACUCCUAGACGUGGGCUACGUCAAGGUGACCCACUCUCUCCUUAUUUGUUCAUUUUAUGCGCUGAGGGCCUCUCAGCUAUGAUUGGCCACGAGAUUGCUAGGGGAAAUCUGCACGGACUUCAAAUAGGGCGCCGGGGGCCGGUUAUCUCACACCUCAUGUUUGCUGACGAUUGUAUCUUCUUUUGCCGUGCUACUGCAAAUGAAUGUAACGCUCUAAAGGAUGUCUUGGCUUGCUAUGAAGAAGCUUCGGGACAAGCUAUCAAUUUUCAGAAGUCUGGGAUUUUGUAUAGCUCCAAUGUGACUGCCGCAACUAAGGAGGAAAUUUCAGAGAUCCUUGGUGUUCAUCAGCCUCUUAACACCGGAAGAUACCUUGGAUUACCUUCGCUCGUGGGACGAAAAAAAAAAGAGAUCUUCCAGUAUCUUAAAGACCGAAUGUGGAACAGAAUCCAGGGUUGGAACAACAAAAAGUUGUCUAAAGCUGGGAAAGAAAUUCUUGUCAAGGGUGUUGGCCAAGCUAUUCCUUCCUUUUGCAUGGGAGUCUUCUUACUUCCCAUUACUCUCAUUGAUGAGAUGGAGAAGAUGCUCAAUAGCUUCUGGUGGGGAAAUAAAAGUGGUGAAGGCAAGGGUAUCAAUUGGAUGAAGUGGGAGCGUAUGUGCGUUGAUAAAAAACUGGGAGGUAUUGGCUUUCGGAGCUUGAACCUCAUGAAUAUUGCUAUGCUCGGCAAGACCGGUUGGCGCCUUCUAACUGACACGGACUCGUUGGUGUGUCGUGUGCUUAAAGCGAAGUAUUUCCCGAAUACCGAUUUCCUUGCAGCUACAGUUGGGCAUAGCCCUAGUUUUUCUUGGCGCAGCAUCUGUUCGGCUCAAGAUUUGCUCCGCCGCGGUAUCAGAUGGCGGAUCGGAGAUGGUGCGCAGGUCCGUGUAUUCAAGGAUCCUUGGCUCAGAAAUGGGGAUUCGUUCCGAGUAACUGCAGCUGGCCCUAUUUUCCUUGAUGAUCUCCGUGUGCAUGACGUGAUGAACCAAACGAUGACUGGUUGGAAUGUGGACCUGCUCAAGAGCAUUGUUGGCGAGGCAGAUUUUAAGAACAUCAUGAGCAUCCCGCUUCUUCCGAACGCUGGCCCAGAUAGAAUGAUUUGGCACUAUUCUAAUAACGGUAUCUACUCUGUUAAAUCCGCCUACAAACUUGCAAGUUCGCUCACUUUGGAUACCACCUACAAAGUAGAGGGACAAUGGGAUUGCCUCUGGAAAAUUGACGUACCUCCUAAAGUAAAGCAUUUCCUUUGGAGAGCUGCUAGAGAUAACCUUCCAUCCAAGCACCGUCUCCUAUCCCGGGGUGUUGCAGUAGGGGGGGAAUGUCCCAUCUGUAAGAGUGGGUUUGAGAACCUCUGGCACUCGUUCUUCCACUGUUCGUUUGCUGAGGAUUGUUGGAGACAGGGAGGCCUUCAGAGUUAUAUCUCUGGAAUUAUUGACAGCUGCGAUUCCUUUGAGCAGGCCUUCUCUUUGUUGUUGAGAGAUUCGGACAAUGAACGGAAAGCUAAGGUGUGCAUGCUCUUUUGGCAAAUAUGGAGAGAUAGGAAUGCGAUGGUUUGGCAGGAUGUACUUCCGGUGUCUUCUCGAUCAAUCUUACGAGCUGCUGUGGCGCGAAGUGACUGGAAGUCCAUGCGCCAACCAGCGACGCAGAGGCAGCAGGUCGUGACCUCUUGCGCGGGGUGGCACCCUAUUCCGGAAGGGUCUUUCAAAUGUAAUGUUGAUGCUGCUUUUUUCGAGGAAGAUCAGUCCAUGGGAAUUGGUGUUGCCAUUCGAAACCAUGAGGGGCAUUUCGUGAUUGGCAAAUCCAAAAAAUUGCCCGGGCGAAGGAGUAUUGUGGAAGGAGAGCUUCUUGGCAUUAAGGAGGCGCUUUCUUGGAUUAAGGAGCAAGGUUUUGUCGAAGGCUGGAUUGAAAAUGAUAGUAUACAAGCGUGCAACCUCAUCACCUCAGGAGAUCGGAAUAUGCUUGAGCUUGGAUCUAUUGCUGAUGCUUGCCGUCUUGAGCUGCGGAUGUUGCCGAACUUCAGAAUUCGUCAUGUAAGGAGAGAACAAAAUGUUAUCGCUCACUGCUUAGCGAAGGCUGCGCGAGAUAUCAUUACACAUCAUGUCUGGAAUGAACCCCCGUCCUUUGUGGAGGGUCAUCUCCUUGUCCCAUGUUCAUGUGUUGAAUAA